UGGGGAAGCAGAGGGGGUGGGGGUGGAGUGAGGAGGAGGAGGAGCCGCUCAGAAUCAGAGAGGAAGGGAGACACCGAGGCCAUGACAGAGGCUUUCUGCUGCUUCUGAUCAUCCCGGAUCCUGGCGCUGAACCUCCGCAGCCGCUCAGGAAGAUGAUCCGCCGGGUCCUGGAGCGCCCCUGCACGCUGGCCAUGCUGAUCGGCUUCCAGUUUGCCUUCAUGGUGUACUUCACGUUCGGCGGACUGCGCAGCCUGGCCUCCAUCUUCGGACGAUCUUCAGAGCCAAACUUUGACUACAGCCAAACCCAUGAUGUCUACACCAACCUCACCCGCCUGCAGUCCACGCUUCAUCCCAGAACGCAGGACGGGGCGCUGCUACCAGGGUGCCCGGAGAAGUCACCAUAUCUCUUGGGUCCUAUAACCGUCACCUUUAGCCGGGUCCCCACUUUACGCCGGAUACAAGAUAAGAAUCCUAUGGUGAAGGCGGGAGGUAGGUACCAACCACCAAACUGCGAGUCCCGGCACAGAACGGCGGUGAUCAUCCCUCACCGGAACCGGGAGACGCACCUGCGACACCUGCUCUACUACCUGCACCCGCUCCUGCAGCGCCAGCAGCUCCACUACGGCAUCUACAUCAUCCACCAGUCAGGGAACUCAACGUUCAAUCGGGCAAAGCUCCUAAAUGUUGGGGUGAAGGAGGCCAUGAAGGACGAGGACUGGAACUGCCUAUUCCUCCAUGAUGUGGAUCUCAUUCCGGAGAACGACCACAACCUGUAUAUAUGUGACCCCUGGGGCCCCAAACACGCCUCAGUCGCCAUGAACAAGUUCAGCUACAGUCUCCCGUAUUCCCAGUAUUUUGGGGGGGUAUCAGCUGUGACCCCCGAACAGUACAUGAAGAUGAACGGCUUCCCCAAUGAGUACUGGGGGUGGGGAGGAGAGGACGACGACAUAGCCACCAGGGUCCGCCUGGCUGGCAUGAAGAUCGCCCGUCCGCCCGUGUCCGUCGGUCAUUACAAGAUGGUGAAGCACAAGGGCGACAGGGGGAAUGAGGAGAAUCCUCACAGGUUUGACCUCCUGAUCCGCACGCAGCGGAUGUGGACUCAGGACGGGAUGAACUCGCUGGCGUACACCCUCCUGUCCAAGGAGCUGGAGGGCCUCUACACCAACAUCACUGUGGACAUUGGCAUGGACCCCAGAUCCCAGAAGCCCCUGAGAAUGCGGGGCCCGACCCCUCCACCGGUGAAACAUCACAGCAAUACCAGUGGCAACGACGGCGCCAGCCGCGGGAAACUAACCGUGUCCGUCCAGUCCGCCAUCAACAACUCUGCUGCGCCCCCCGCUGCGGUGACGGCCCCCUCUAGAGCCACAGAGGCCCCCCGGGGACAGCGCGCCCCGGCUACAGACUCCCCGAAGAACAGGCCACCGAGGAGCCGGAAGAGUAAAACCAAGAUCGCGCUGAGCGAGCCGGCAGACGCACAAAGGAGGCGGCAGAACCGGACGGCGGCCAUGACAGAGGAGAGCGGCCCCGGGGCCACACAUCUCUGAGCUCCAGGAACAAGGCUGGUUCAUUCCACGGACGACCUGUAGGGUAUCUAUGGGGCACAUGGGUGUCACCGCCACAUCUGUCAUGGUGGCUGGACUGGUGACCGAC